UACAUCUGCUGUAGAUCAUCCAGAAGAGCGGGAUGUGCGUUUAACAACCUGUCCGUGUUAUUCCACAGCUCAACAACAGGAAGAAAGAACUCUGGAAAGCCAGUGGUUUAUAGCAGCUUAUAUGCAUCUCAUUUUUAUCACUAAUUAAUUUUCUACUCAAGGAUGGAAAUCAAAUAGAGGGGGAUUUUCUGAAGUUUUGCAGAAGCUGCCACUGGAUAACAGUGUGAAAAAGCAUUGCAACGAGGUAAAUGAUGAACAGUAACAGCAUCAAAGUGCACUAGACUGUUUCUGAUUCUGGAAAUCAGUGGAUCGUUUUAUUAAAGCACUUUUUGUUUUCUCGCACUCGGGACUCUUGCGCAUCCGUCAUUUUCAUUGCACUGAUUCAGGACGGCAUCAAAAUCUCUCUUGAGCGGAUUUUUAAAAAGUCAGAGCUCUUUGAGUCAGAGGAUGGAGGAGCAGAGUCAUCUGAUGCAGACCCUGGGCGGCGUGACCCUCACCGGACACCCGCUGGCUUUACCGGUGCCUCAUGAUGGAACCGACGCGAGAAACAAGCAGGACAUCGGAGACAUUCUGCAUCAGAUCAUGACCAUCACCGACCAGAGCCUGGACGAGGCUCAGGCUAAAAAGCAUGGGCUGAACUGUCACAGAAUUAAACCGGCUCUGUUCAGCGUGCUCUGUGAAAUCAAAGAGAAAACAGGUCUCAGUAUCCGUGGCAGUCAGGAUGAAGAUCCUCCGGACCCUCAGCUCAUGCGUCUGGAUAACAUGCUGCUGGCAGAGGGCGUGUCCGGACCAGAGAAGAGGGGCGGGGCAGCGGCGGUUGCUACGGCAACAGCAGCAGUGGGAGUGGGAGCUGAUAACUCCAUCGAGCACUCAGACUACAGAGCCAAACUCAGCCAGAUCAGACAGAUCUACCACACCGAGCUGGAGAAAUAUGAGCAGGCGUGUAAUGAGUUCACUACCCAUGUGAUGAACCUGUUGAGGGAACAGUCUCGCACGCGACCCAUCUCACCCAAAGAGAUCGAGCGCAUGGUGAACAUCAUCCACCGCAAAUUCAGCACCAUCCAGAUGCAGCUCAAGCAGAGCACCUGCGAGGCCGUCAUGAUCCUCAGGUCUCGCUUUCUCGACGCCAGGAGAAAAAGGCGCAACUUCAGCAAGCAGGCGACAGAGAUUCUGAACGAGUAUUUCUACUCUCACCUCAGUAACCCGUAUCCCAGCGAAGAGGCCAAAGAGGAGCUGGCCAAAAAGUGUACCAUCACUUUGUCACAGGUCAGUCUGUCCUCCUGUAGUCCAGAUCUCGGACGAUACUGCGCACACGAGCCUUCAGCUGUCAAACAAGAAGAUUGCUUUCAGAUGAAAGAUGAAGACUUUCACUUGGAUGCGGCAGAAGAUAAAAAUAAUCUGUUAAACAACAUGUUCACGGGUUCUUCGGGUUCGUAUAGUUUGCCGGGUUCAGGAGACAUUUUUAUGAGCAUGUCCGGCCUGAAUGGAUCCUACCAGCCAACCCAGGUCCCCAACACAGGACAGACACAGGGAGACUCCAUACGUCACGCCAUCGGUCAGUCGUUGGGUUACAAUGACGGUCUGCAGGGAAACCCGCUUUACAGCCCACAUGGCUUGAACGGUAACGGUGGCUGGCAUGAUGCUGUCACUCCGUCUUCUGUGACAUCUCCUAUAGAGGGAGCAAACAGCGUUCACUCGGAUACCUCUAACUGACCAGGCCUGCCGUCUGAAGUCCCUUAACUAACCCGCAGGACAACCAACACCACCCAACAAAAUCUCAGACAAGACUCAGAGAGAUGAGCGCGAUAUUGGAACAGACUCUUACUCUUACUUUGACCAAAAGAGCACCACUUUGCAAAAAUGAACUGAUAGGAUUGACGGUACCAGUUUUCUUUCCAAAACUGGUGAUACCUCAAUAAACAUGCCCAACAUGUACGAUUGUGGAAACAAGGGAUGCUUUUGUCAUAAUCUCUGUGAACAUCUUUGAAUACGUUUCAAAAUAUAUCAUGAUUUAAAUUUACUUGUAACACUGUCUUAUUGCACAGUACAGUAUGUUCGUUCUU